AUGGCGUCGUUUGCUCGAGUUGGUCUGCGGCGUGCUCAGGGAGCAUGGAGACGCUCGACGAGCACAUACAUCAAGAAUAUAGAGGCGGAGGAGCACUACGCCGUUGGCCUCACCAACACUUGGCGGAAUAUCUCGCUGUUUGGGGCCAUUCCGCUCUGUAUCUUCACCGCCUACAACGGAUGGCAGAAAGAGCAGGAGCACCACCACCACAUCCAGGAGCACGGGAAACCAGAGUUCCACGCCUACUCCCACCUCCGUAUCAGGACAAAGCCGUUUCCGUGGGGCGACGGGAACCAUUCUCUGUUCCACAACUCCGGAGCAAACGCUCUUCCCGAGGGUUACGAGGAGUGA